UCACAAAUAUACCUUCUGUUCAAAAUCAAAUAUCCAGAUUUUUAAAAUUCAAAAGAUAUACAAAAUGUUUUCCUCUAUUCAUUUUUUAUUUCUCUCCUCAUUGGGGAUUUUUUCUUGGGCGAUACUUUGUUACUUCUACCAAAUUGAGAAAUACCUAACGAAGUCCAGAAAUAGUGAAGGAGAUUAUCAAAUGCACCUCAACAUGGAAGGAAAACCACAAGAAAGCUCACCAAUCGACCAACCUGAAAAUGGUGACUUGUAUAUUAACUUCCUAUGUGUAUUCGUGUGUAUGUAUGCCUUGGCUAAAGUGGUUGAUAUGGCUGAAAAUUGUAUGGCUAAAGAGAUGUAUGAUAAGUUAAAUAUUACGAGGGGAUUUCCCGUUUUAAAUAAGAAAUGCGAUUUAAUACCACCAGAAAUCCAGCACAAUAAUAGUAUGCUUUCAAAAAUUAUGAAACUAGAACAGGAAAAUCAACUGUUGAAAUAUGAAUUGCACAAAUCGAAUAUUAGAAAUGCCCAGCAAAGCAUGGACCACCAACAAAACAUAUGCAUUUCGAAACGGCAAUUCAGCUGGAACCAAAAUGUCUACUUAAGCAAAGGGGAUGAUGAUAUUUGUAAUUCACGAAAUUUACAAAAUUCAGACAUUGGCAAUACCAUCUGGUCGAAAUAUCUGGAGCUGCGGAAGAAGUCUUUGCAAAAUGAGUUUGAAACAUUUAUGCCCGUUGUAAUGUCAGCACAAGACUUGGACAAUAUUGAUAUAAAAUCGAUGACUGCAGGAAAUGUGGGUAAAUAAAUUGUCAAGACAUAUGAAAUCAAAUCGUGCUGUUAACAGUCAAGUAAUGUUUAUUUGUACAUAUGUACCUACAUACUAUACAUUUAGAGAAAAAAACUCAAAUGCAAAUACUGGAUGGAUUAUA